GAACCAGAUCAGAACCGUUGAUGGAUGUAGAUGACACGGUGGGUCUGAAGACGAGGCGCACAUCCGUCGUGCAGGACAUCUGCACAUCAACACUUCACAUAGUUUCUCCGGUUGAAGAUGAAACAAUAAACGUGUUCAGGCAAACCGGAGUGAAACCAGCCAAUCACUGCUCUCCUGUUCGAUUGCGUAUUGAUCUGGGUCGGAGUCUCCUGUCGCCGCCGGGCUGCUCUCAUCCAUCAGAACCACACUCAGCAGCACCUGUGUGUGUCCGUGUGUGUGUCCGUGUGUGUGUGUGUGUGUGGAUUAAACUUUGAAUGAACGGACCUUCGCGGUGAACACUGACUGGACCUCACCGCGCGUGAUUAUCACCGGAUGCGACGCGAGCGAGAGGAGGAAUUCAAUUAAUUGAUGAGAGUUUGGCGAAAAAAGUGCAACUCGACUGAACGCGCGGCGCGUCUCUGCUGCUGCUGGACUUCACAUGAGAGGGAAAUAAAACCCAAGAACCGAAUCUGUGACAUCUUCAUCAUGUUUGAAGAUGUGAGCGCUGCAUCUCCAAAAUAAAAAAAAAAGAAAAGGAUUAACUCUGAGAGCGCGACGAUCAAUCCGGAUCGAUCGACGAGCCUGGUCCACCACAGGUGUCUAAACUGGAUCCUACCGCCAGCAUCGAUUAGCGGAUUUGACGGAUAUCAUCACGCACGCACACACACACACACACACACGCUCAAGAUCCUUUUACAGCUGUGAAGGGGCUGAGCUCUCACUGUGGACCCCCCGCCGGCCACCCACCAUCAUCAUCAUCACCACCACCACCAUCAUCAUCAUCAUCAUCAUCAUCCCGUUGCGCAGCGUCCGACGCGCGUUCUUGCUGCUCACGGUGGCGCACGCUGUUACGCACGGCGCGCCUUCACAGCAUCCCCGUGUUGACCUGCAGAGCGCACUGGAGGAGAACAUGCCGUUCCACCAUGUGACGGCAGGCCUGCUCUACAAGGGGAACUACCUGAGCCGCUCGCUGUCGGACAGCGACAGCGACGUGCUGGCCAGCAUCUCCGUGGAGGAGCUUGACGAGAUCCGGGAGGCGUUUAAGGUGCUGGAUCGUGACGGAAACGGGUUCAUUUCCAAACAGGAGCUCGGUAUGGCCAUGCGCUCGCUGGGUUACAUGCCCAGUGAGGUGGAGCUGGCCAUCAUCAUGCAGAGACUAGACAUGGAUGGUGAUGGACAGGUCGAUUUCAACGAGUUCAUGACGAUCCUCGGACCCAAACUCCUGUCGUCGGAAACGAGAGAGGGCUUCCUGGGCAGCACAAUAGAUACCAUCUUCUGGCAGUUCGACAUGCAGAGGAUCACCCUGGAGGAGCUGAAACACAUCCUGUUCUACGCCUUCCGCGAUCACCUGACCAUGAAGGACAUUGAGAACAUCAUCAUCAACGAGGAGGAGAGCCUGAAGGAAAACUCUGGGAACUGUCAGACAGAGUUUGAGGGAGUUCACCCUUCGAAGAAGAACCGCCAGACGUGCGUGAGGAAGAGCCUCAUCUGCGCCUUCGCCAUGGCAUUCAUCAUCAGCGUCAUGCUCAUCGCAGCCAAUCAGAUGUUGCGGAACGGCAUGGAGUAGCGGCGCCCACUGAGUGGUACCUCUCCACCCGACGUCCAAUGAAACCAUGAAGCCAGCAUGAGGAGUCAUGCAGGACUCCUCCCCCUUUACUCUGACAGGGACACUCAAGGGCUGACAUCACACAUAACACUCUGUCCUGUCUGUUUCCCUGAUGCAAUAAAAGAUGUAGAACAAAAAAAAAAAAAAAA